UUAGAAUAUAAUGUCGAAGGUAAAGGCAAAAUAGAAGUGUCGACUGUCGAGUGAUCGUUUAACUCACUUCCAAAAUUAAUAUAAUAUUCCCAAAAUGCGGAUAAUUGGAAGCGUAUUUUCCUGAUUUGAACCACAUCAUGUUUGUUUGUUCUCGGCGCGACCCGUUAACUCUUCUCGAAGGUCUUAUUUCCCUUCAACAAUAUCCUGUUUUAUUGCAACAAUGGUUCCACGUGUAAUUAUAAACUUUUAGCAGCUUUUAUCUUAUUUAAGUAAUUAUAUAAAAACAACAAGGUGAACGUGUAAAUAUUUUUUCUAACACUCCUUCUAAGAUCAAAUUUUAUAGAGAUAGAUAAAAUAGGAGUAGUAAGAAUAAUAAUUACAUAUUUUAGCCGCUUUCCUGUUUUAACAACAACAACGCUGGCAAAAACGCUGCACAUCUCCGUGACGUUUCUAAUCCAAUUGCCUGAAAAGCUAAACGAAAUAAAUUAAAAUAAAUAAUUUUAGACUUAGUAUGUUAUUAGUUAUUAUAAAUAGAACCAGAGCGAAUCUUUAUAUUCGUUUUUGAAUGUGCCCGAAUAAGAAAUUCUGAUUGUUUCUAUCUUCUAAUUAUUUAGUCACAAUAUUCAUAUGAGGUGGUUGGUACAAUAGAAAAUAUAAUGGCUUACGACGUUAAAGUUUAGCAAAGAAUAUUAUUCCACAUAGGUUAUAGGUAUAUUACUUAUAUGUACUUAUUAUAUACGUUAUAACUUAACUGUAAAUCCGGUUUCAACUUUCUAAGAGACUCAAACACCACAGUCGCGUCAUUAACGCGCUUGAAAUUGCUAUUAUUAAUAUAUUGUACAUAUUUUAAAUAUCAAAUAAUAGUUAUUAGUGUGAAACAAAGUGAACUGAGUAGUCUUAAUAGCAAAAUAAAUAUGGUGCUUAAACUAUACCACUAUCCGUUGAGUUCUCCGUCAAGAGGAGCUUUUAUGUCAAUUAAAGCUAUAAAUGUACCGGUAGAAAUAAUUCAUAUUGAUUUAUUGAAAAAGGAGCAACUCAGUGAAAGUUUUGUAAAAGUUAACCCUCAGCACUGCAUACCGACUAUAGAUGACGACGGUUUCGUGUUAUGGGAAAGUAAAGCAAUUGCCUGUUAUUUGGCAGAAAAACAUGAAAGACAUGAUUUGUAUCCUACGAAUCUUAAGCACCGUGCUCUUGUAAAUCAGAGAAUGUAUUACGAUAGCUCCAUGUUGUACCCCCGUAUAAGGGCCAUAAAUUAUCCCAUUCUAUUUCAAGGUGUUAAAGAAAUAAAGAAGCCGUUAAAAGAUGAUCUAAAUAACCAACUAAGAUUUUUAAAUCAGUACCUGAAUGAGAGCAAAUGGGUUGCAGGUGACCAAAUGACACUCGCUGAUAUAGCAAUUGCUGCAUCAAUAUCAACUCUUGCAGCUAUUGAUUGGGAUUUUAAUGAAUUUCCCAACAUUAAUAGAUGGUUAAAAAAUUGUGAAUCAAUUCCUGGCUUUGAAGACAACAAAGAGGGUGCUCGUGUAUUUGGGAAUGCUGUGAAAAAGAAUUUGCAGCAAUAAUAACAUAUAUUUAUUAUAAACAUUCUUAUUUAUUUUUAUACUUGGUUUAUUAUGUUAACAAUACUUUUGAAUAAAUGUAAACAUAAACAA